CUGUUUGGACAAAAGGGAGUGUGGUGGAAAGAAACAGCAGAACUGGAACGAUUUGUAUGCAGGACAUACAGCUUCUUGCCUGUUUCUUUUUAAUGUGUUUUUAAAGGGGCAAAGUCAAGCAGAUAUGACGGACAGAUAUUUUGAUAUUUUGAGAGACAGCGGUCAUACAGGGAAUUACAUCCCAUCAGGUCGACAGCUCCCCAGAACCCCUCCUUUGAUGGAUGUUAAGAGACACCUGGAUUUUUGUAACGAUGAUCCGAAUGAGGAGUGGGAGGAACCCCCGCAGAAUAUGGAGGCAGGUGCUAAAGGUCAAGAUAACAACCAAAACAGGACGUUUGAUUUCAACACUGCGGAGACAAAAACAGAACACAUUUUUGAACCAAAUGACCCUAACUCCAUGCUGAAAGGGAUGAAGGGUUAUCAACUGACACCAACUGACUUGGAGUUUAUUAAAAAGAUGAAAGAAGAGAAACUUAUAAAAAAACUCCAGAGAGACCUGGAAGAGGUGCAGAGGUUGUUAAAGAAGGAAACGAUGACCGCAGAGCUGGUGCAUGCUUCCAGGGAGAAAGCACAGGCUGAACUCAAAAAGUUCCCAUCCUGUGAGGAGCUCACUGAGUGGGUAAAGGUGGUCCUCAAAAUGACCUCAAAACUGCCGUUGACCGAGAUAAUAGACCUAGACGACAAGUCUCUUCUGGCCAUGGUGACGAAAGAGAACCUCCAAAGAGCCAUGCAUGAGAAAAGGAUUGAACUUACUCGGAUGGAGAAGAUGGUGGCAAACAAGAGGGAGAGAGAGGCCAAAGAGAGAGGGCAGCUUGAAAAACAAAUUGCCAGUGAACAGCUGAAGAUACAGGGGCUGAUGAGCCAGUUAUCUGACCUGAAAUCUGAACUUGCACAACAAGAGGAAGCCAUUAAAGCUCUUGAGAUGCAGAUCAACUCCCAAGAAGCACCAGAAAUCCAGGUGAAGGCAGAAGAAGCAGAUACCUCAGAGGAACUACAAGCCACUAAAAGCAUGGUGAAACGUCGAGGAAAGGAAAGAAAAAAGGCUGUUAAAUCUACUGAGAAGUUGCAAGACACAACAAACCAGAGUAAAUCAACAAAGAGUAAACACACAGACAAUAAAACAGACAGUCAGACCACUGUGAAAGAUGAGCAUGCAAAUAAGAACACAAGUGAAACUUUGACGACAAAACAGAAGUCUAGAGCUGCGGCAGAGAGGCUGACAAAGUCAGUAAAAGCAGCCAAAGAGCCACAGAAGAAAGUCGAGGAGCAACAAUCAAAUCCACAAAAGUCCGUACUCGCUGCAAGAGGGAGAAGAAAGCCUCCUGCGACCACACAGACCGUAGCUUCACAACUGAAAAAUCAAAGUAAAGUGAAAACUGGGGAAGCUCAGUCCACAUCACAGCAGGCGGCCCCCUCGCGCAGCAGACAGAAAGCUGCAGACGAUGCUGUUGAGGAGGCACCAAACGCUGGUCUGAGGAGAUCCAAGAGGAUAGCCAGCAGGAGGUGAAUGUGUUUGACUGUUGAGCAGCUCCACUGGCAUUGUUUUUCUCAAGAGCACUUUAGUGGUAGUUGAUGCAGACUGCUGACACCACACCUCCUUUUUUAGGUCUUACUAGAUUACAUUAGGUGUGGCUCUAGAGAUGGCAAUGAUGGUCAGUCCACCACUUUGGUCCAGACUGAAAUAUCUCACCAACUAUUAGAUGUAUUGCCAUAAAAUUGGUUCCUAGAGAAUGAAUCCUUACAACUUUGGUGAUCCUCGGACUUUUCCUCUAGCGCCACCUUGAGGUUGACAUUAGUGAUUUUUGAAUGAAAUGUCUCAACAAUUGACCAUGUCCUCAGGAUGAACUAAUAACUUUGCAGAUCUUUUUUUACUUUUUAUUUAGUGCCAUCAUCAGGUCAAAAUUUUUAAUUCUAACAAUGUGUUUGGUUUUUUAAUUUCUUUUUUUUUAAUGUUUUAUAUAUAAUUUUAAAAAUCUGUUGGCUUUUUUUUUUUGUUUUUGUUUUUUUUAUGGGAAAAAAUAAAAUGGAACUUCACUUUCAUGUUUGGUGCAUGAUGCUUUGAAGCUGAUGCUAAGCUGUUUCCACUAAGUGUACAAUAAAGUAAAAAUAUGACAAUUAUAAAUCAAAGACACCUUUUUUUUUCUUUUUUUUUUUUUUUUUAAGAGUGGAUGCUUGCCAUCACAGGAGCCUGAAGCCCAAACCCUCAUCACAACUGAAUUAAAUGUGAUGUCUGAUUUGUGGUUAAAAAUGAAAUUCCUUCACGCUAUUUUUACAACUUGACCCCUGCAGCACAUGUCACAAAUGGCUCUCUAACUCUUAAGCAUGUUUAAUGAAGUUUUCUGUAGAUUAGUAAAAUGUAAUCGUAGAUUGGUACUUGUUAAUGGUGUGAAUCCUUUGAUUUCUGUAAACUUGUGAAGCUAAA